GCCACGGGAACCACGACUGACAUGAGGGCUGCGUUCCUGCUGCUGCUCCUCUGGGCUGUGGCCUGUGCUCACCCCGUUCCUGGCCAUGAACCCACCCACUCCAGCACCCUGCAGGAGGACACAGCAAAUGAAGAUGUCAUCAGCAAGCUGGGCAACCACCUAGAGGACAGAGAUGGCAGACAUCCUCCUGCCAGCCUGGAGACGGGAGAAAAUGCCCUUGCCAGGGACCUGGCGGGUGGGAAUGCCGUGGAUGAGGAGCUGGGAGAGCUCAGUGGCCAAGACAUGGGAGGCCGAGUCGGACAGGCUCAGCACAUGAACCAGGUGGACCACGAGGACGUGGGCACCCAGAGUGGGAAUGACCUUGGUUUCCUGGAGGCGGACGCACGUGACACUGAUGAUGGUGACAACGGAGACCACUACGGCACCAUGAGUUUUCCCUCCCACGGCGGCGGGUUCCUGGACGAGGAGGAUGACAGCGGGGAUGACACCUUCGACGCCAACGGGGCAGAGGAGAGGGGCGAAGGCCCCACCUAYGUGACCCGCACCGAUGGGGCGGGGGAAUACGAGCAUGAUGCCGGCCCUGGGGAUGGCGGGGCUGGCAGGGGACACGGUGACAGCAGCAGCAGCAGCAGCAGCGAGAGCAUGGGGGCAGACCACCGGCGCUACAGGAGCUACGGCUUUGGGCGCGCCUACAGGCACGGCGGGGCCAGCAGCAGCAGCCAGGAGGAGGAGAGCUAUGACUUCCAGGACGAAGCCAUGCAAGGGGAUGACCCCUCUGUCUUUGACGGCCCGAGCAGCAGCUACAGGGUGCGCCACGCCGGCCCCCGUGCCCUGGGGAGCAGCUGGGACAGUGCCCAGGGGGCUGGCUCCCACCGCUGGGAGGAGGGUGACAGCAGGUCCCCCGAGGUGGAGGAYUCUGGAGAAGACAGCCCAUCCGUGGAGGACAACAGCCAGUCAGAAGAGCCUACCGACAGCCAGUCAGAGGAAAAAAGCUCCAGCCAGUCCAGGGAGGAUGGGGAUGGGGAGGACAGCCCCUCCAGGGAGGAUGAGGACAGCGAGUCCAGAGAGGACACUCAUGAGCAGUCGGAUGAAGACCCAGGGGAGUCCCCAGAAGUGGUGAGAACCUUGAAUGAGCACACCUGGGAAGGGCAGGAGGACUGGGAUUCUGCUGAGGACAGGAGUGUGCUGUCCACACCUGACAGUGAGUCCAGGGAAGAAGACCAUGACCUGAGCAAGUCCAGGGAAGAUGACAACAACCAGAGCCCAUCCACAGAGGACACUGUGGAGGAGUCAGAGGAGGAUGAGAACGACUCUGUGCAGAGCACAUCAGCCGAGAGCCAGAGCACGUCCCCAGAGGAUGACAGCAGCCCAGAGGACAACACAGGCGAGGAGAGCAGGUCCACAGAGAGUGACAACAGCGAGUCSCAGGAGGAUGACGAUGACACAGAGAGCCAGUCCCAGGAGGAUGCCACCCGUGAGUCCAGCAGCCACGGGGAUGACAGCUCCCAGCAGAGCCUGGAGAGCGGGGCCCRCAAGCGGCGGCUGGGCGCCCUCCGCCACAAACCUGCGGCUGACUACGAUGACAAUGACUGCCAGGAUGGGUACUGACCUGUGCCCCACAGCCUCAGCGGCGUGGGGGUGUGGGGGGAGGAGGGGUUAAUUUAUUUACCAUAUAGCCUGGUCRACUUCUUCUCAAGAAGGUGCUGUGGUUAAAAGAGUGGGGUUUGCCACGGCUAGGCCUGGGCACCCUUACWCAAGGAGUGAAGGGGUAGGUGCUGCCAGGCACAGGGAAAACGCCGAGCCACAGCAAGAAAAGGCAUUUUCUGUAUCCCACUGGAGAGCAGCUGAGAGCAGUGAGUGCCAGCAGGGUGAUGCUGCCCACUUGUCUCGGGGACACAGCGGUGGGUUGGCACUCCUGGGCGUGCUGGGCAGAAAGGUUCCUGUGUUCACCCUUUGUAUUUACCUAUCACUGCCCUAAAAACAUCUGCCCAGACUCCAGCUGGAGCUUUCCGUUAGCUCCAUGUCCCGCACAUWAAAAGGAAAAGCUACACGUGGUGCAUGGGCACAGCAGGGUGUGAAGUACCACUUCAGAAUGGGAUGUAUGUAAUAUUUUUAAUAUUUUGUAAGAAAUGUACAGAAAACAUUAUACUGUAUCCUUUUUGCACUUGUAUU